GGGCACCCAUCUGUUCCUAGGAAUUCUGCUCCUUGAUGGAAGCAUUUUCUUUCAUAGAUGCCAUCAGCAGAGGUUCUGAACUCUUAGGGGUCGUAGGAAGAACGUCAGGGUUUGAUCUGAAAUUGAAAUCAGAUUUGUAUUCCAUCUUUUAUACCUUUUGAGAAUGGCUGUUUUUAUGGUGGAUAAGCUGGACAGGAGAGUCACAGAGGAAAAAGUGGUAAGAAAAAUCACCUGAGAUUGACUCUAGACGCUGUGUUCUAGUGGUUGCCUAAGGAGAGAGUGAAAAUCAAAACAGGCAGAUCCAUUCCCUGUUCCCAGUUCCUUAAACUGGAGGUUGCAGCCAUUCCAUCCUGGAGACAUAGUGGAGUCUUCUGGAUGAGCUAACUCUUCACAAAUUUGUCUAAUUGCAUUUUAAGAAAGUUUCUAUGUUUGGUGAUUGUUUACACUGUGCAUUUUGCAUAGAAUCAUUAUUUGAAAAAGAUAUGGUUAAAUCUGCUGCCUGAUAAUUUCACUGCAGUAUCCAUGACACAAGGAAUGAGUGAAUAAUCACUCUGGUAGUACUUUUCACUUUUAGUUUUGAAUUCCGUGUCUUUUUUAUUGCAGUCAAGAGGAGUCCAAAGCUUCUCUCUGCUUGUAUGACUGAAUAUUGCUAUUAAAUAUUAUUGCUAAUAAUAUUAUAGAAUUUGCUCUGCCAAUAGAAUGUAAGAGCUCAAGAUCCUGCUGUUAAAGAUCCUGUCAAGAUCUUUGCAACUUAUUUUAAUUUUGAUCAUCCAGAAUGAUCCAUCAUGGUUUACUGACCUCUUUUCCUGCUAAUUUAUGUAGAUGUUGAACAACCCAGCUUUUCAAGGAGCUCUCCCCAUGGCCAUCCCCCAUUCUGAAAACUGCUCCUAUCUAACCUCCCUGCUUUUCUUGUGGCAGCUUAGUAUGGAAAGCAUUUGAUGGUUUAUUUGAAAGGUCUUUGAAAAUCUGUGUGCAGUAGGUGAACUGAGCUGCCUGUUUCCUCCUGUUCACUGGCUCUGUAACAGUGUCCAGUUUGUGACUGUCACUGCUGCAGAUGUAGCUCUUCCAAAGAGGUCAUCUCACUCUGAAGAAUGUAUUUCAUAUCCUGAAAUUACUUUUUUUUUCCUGAACUUCACCUUAGAGUGUGCAGAGACCCAUGUGGAGCAGUCACUGAUAUCCUGAAGGGUGUCUCUGAGAAUGUGGGGAUGAUGAGUUGGUGCUGAGAGGCAGGGAAUGACAAGCAACUGGGAUGGAGGGAUCAGGAGCUACUCACCUCAGAAACUCUGUGUGUGUCAGGCAAAAAUAAAGAUAAGGAGCAUCUACCAAGAAUGGGUCAAGAAUGAAGAGUAUCAAACCAUCUGUUCUCCUCUGAGCUCAGGGUGUUUGUUUCUCAGCUGCCAAGGCCUUACACCACGUGCUGGGUUUUAGAGAGGCUUUGGAGACUCAUAACAUCCCUGUUAGUAUGGGACAUUAAGUAUUGUGUUUGGGGUUCUUAAAUACAAGAGGGAAGAUCUGAGAUAGACAUUAGGGAAAGGCAUGGGAUGCCAAAGCACUGGCAUGAGUUUCUAACUCAUAUUUUAGUUUUCUAGUUACUGAAUCUCUACAGCUCUCCCUGGACAAACCAUAUCAGGAAGGACAUGGAUAUAGUUGAAUCUGAAUUAGAAGAACAGCUUUUGCCCAUCCCCUACUAUUGUGUGAUUUUAUUGAUGCAGUAGUUAUUAAGUUUGAAGCAAUUUGGCCAGUUUUUACCUUCCCCAUCUUCUUUUUUUAUGUGCUCUGGCCUCCCUGCCCCCAGAUUCUGGAGGAGGAUAUUUGGGCACUCUGCCCCUUGAGUGGAGGGCAGGGAGUGUUUGCUCAGUCCCUAUUGCUGUGUACCUGUGCCUUUAUUUUAACAACAUGUCUUCACUGACAUGUAUCUUGCAUUGCUCGUCUGAGAGGUUUAUUCCUCUCUCUCUGCUAUUUGACUUUUCACUGUUUUUAAAAAAUUAUGAUUGUUUUAAGCUUCUCUCAGCUCAAGGGCUUCCUGCCUUUUACUCUUGCAAUCCAUUGCCCAGCUCCUCGAGAGAUGGGCACCUGGCUGGGUGGUGCUUAGUUGCCCCCUGGGGUUAAACCACAGCAGUCCUUUCUUGGCCCCCCCCAUGGGGCUGGAAGGGUUGGGGCAGUAAUGGACAGAGCAAGUGAGAGGGAUUUGUGUCUGUUAGCAGCUGCAGGUCACAGUGCUGCUUCCCAAGAUCAGUCUACCUGACCCACAGCACACUCUUUGCUGUGCUGUACCUGUUAGAGGCUGGUGUUGGUUCCUGCUGUUUGCUGGCCCUGCAGAGAUUAGUAGUGUUUGACCAAGAGAUCUGUUAUUCAAACGCUGACCUUGAGCCUCAGCUGGCACUUGGGGUCUGCACUGAGGACAUCACUGUCCUUCAGCUUCCAUCUCAUGGAGACAACUAACAGUUUUUCACCUCCCUCCAAGAGGUGUUUUUGGAGAAAACAGAAUGGCCAAGGCGUCACAACCCUCACAGGCAAGACUUUCCUCCUAAUAUCCCUUCUAACACUGCCCUCUGUCAAUGUGGAGCCGUUCCCCCUUGUCCUGUCACUCUAGGCCCUUGUCAGAGGUCCUCUCCAGUGUUCCCAGGUCAGAGCCAGUCCCUUUGUUCCCUGUAUCAUGGAAUGCUUUGCAGCACUGUGUAGCAGCAGCCAUUUGGUUGUUUCUGUUCUCUCAAUGGCCACUUGAUCCCUUCUCUGCAGGUACAUUGGAAAAGUCAGUGUUUGUCUUUCUCCCGAUCUCCCCACUUCUCUGCUUCCCACUAUGUUCCCUUUGCUGAACUGAUGGCUGGCUGCUGCUUUCUUCUCACUUCCCUUGCUCCCCAUUCCUUCACAGAGCUUUGCUCCUGCCUGCACAGCUCUUCCUGAUGCCCAGCUGCCUGCACAGUCUCUGUUGGGCUCAGAGGAGGGCAGGGAAGUUGGGAUGUGCAGCAGGAAGAUCAGGAGUUGUGUGGCUGGUCCAUCCUGUGGAAAACCCUCCUGUAGGCCAAAGGAAAGGAGCCCACGUGGCUCUGGCUGUACCUGCAGGAAAGCCCCAGGUGCAGGAGAAGAAGUUGCCCUGUACUGUGCCAAGUACCUCCCUGAGAUCAUCAAAGACCAGAAGGCCUACAAGGAAGGCAAAUUGCAAAAGGCCCUGGAAGAUGCAUUCUUGGCCAUUGAUGCCAAGCUCACCACAGAGGAGGUGAUUAAGGAGCUCUCUCAAAUGGCUGGGCGGCCACAGGACGAUGAAGAUGAGAAGGAGAAAGUUGCUGAUGAAGAUGAUGUGGAUAAUGAGGAAGCUGCUCUUCUGCACGAAGAAGCCACAAUGACCAUCGAGGAGCUUCUCACACGUUAUGGACAAAACUGCACCAAGAACCUCAAAGCCAAGUCUGUAGCUGCAGCUGGGGAUAACGCUGUGGAGGGGACAGGCAAGCAGCAUGAUGGGGAGUCAAAUAUGAAUGGAGAGGCUGACCCAGGGGAGCUUCCCGACCACAAGGAGAGGAAGAACGGGAAGCCAGACGAAGAAAUCACGGGUAUUUCCUCCACCUCAGACAAAGCCAGCGCUGGAGGCAACAGCCCUGCUCUGCAGAAGCCUGAACUAGGCAAAGGUGACGAGGCCGUCACCUCUUCUACUGGGGAGGCCGGGCCCUCCUGCUCCUCCACGGGAAAGCCCCAGCGCACAACCAAAUCCAAAUUUUUUGAGGACAGUGAGGAUGAGUCAGAUGAGGUUGAGGAAGAGGAGGAAGACAGUGAGGAAUGUAGCGAGGACGAGGACGGUUACAGCAGUGAAGAGGCAGAGAAUGAAGAUGAUGAAGAUGACACUGAAGAAGCAGAGGAGGAUGAGGAUGAAGAGGAGGAAAUGUUGUUACCGGGCAUGGAGGGGAAAGAGGAGCCUGGCUCAGACAGCGGGACCACGGCUGUGGUGGCGCUCAUCCGGGGCAAGCAGCUGAUCGUGGCCAACGCCGGGGACUCGCGCUGCGUCGUGUCGGAGGGCGGCAAGGCCGUCGACAUGUCCUACGACCACAAGCCAGAGGAUGAGGUGGAGCUGGCCAGGAUAAAGAAUGCUGGUGGCAAGGUCACCAUGGAUGGAAGGGUGAACGGCGGCCUCAACCUCUCCAGGGCCAUCGGGGAUCACUUCUACAAGCGGAACAAGAACCUCCCUCCAGAAGAGCAGAUGAUCUCUGCCUUGCCUGACAUCAAAGUGCUGACAAUAAACGAUGACCACGACUUCAUGGUCAUUGCCUGUGAUGGAAUCUGGAACGUGAUGAGCAGCCAGGAAGUGGUGGAUUUCAUCCAGUCGAAGAUCACCCAAAAGGAUGAGAAUGGAGUGCUGCGGCCACUCUCCUCCAUCGUAGAAGAGGUAAGAGGGAGAGCUCUGCUGUCCCUCCAGCAACGUGCCAUUCCUGCAUCCUGGCUCAGUGCCUGGCUCUGCCCUCCCACUCCCUCAGAUGGGUUCCCUGGGCACUCCAGCCAGUGUCUGACCCCAGGGGUGCUGUCCAGCCAAAUGAGUUUCUGUCACAUUCAGAAACCUGGGGCUGCCGAGGCCAUCUCUGUCCCUUGUCCAGUGGGAAUAGCAUUGGACUCCUCCUGCACGGGUCUGGCCUGGCAGCCCCUGACCACUGUCAGGUGCUGGAACGGGCCCAGUGCCUCAGGGUGGCGUCCCAGUGUGUGUCUGUUCUCUCUGCUGACUUGCCCCGUCUCUCCCCAGCUGCUGGAUCAGUGCUUGGCUCCAGACACCUCAGGGGACGGCACCGGCUGCGAUAACAUGACCUGCAUCAUUAUCAGCUUCAAACCCCGUAACACACACUCACCUGCUGAGAGUGGGAAGCGGAAAAUGGGGGAGGCAGCGGCACCAGCAGAGGAGAACGGUGGGGACAGCACCAAGAAGGCCAAACUGGAGUAGCAGGGCCCACCUGGGGACUGGGCUGUGCUCACCAGACUCUCGUUUCUUACCCAUGCUGAACUCAAGACUGCAGGUCUUGUCCUUUUUUUAGCCUUAGCAGAGGCCUUGUUUGUCCGUGUCCUGGUCGGGGGGUGGGGCGGGUCUGGUUAGCAAGGGCAUGUCGCACUGUUCAUCCGUAACCAUUCCAAAGAGGGAGCCGGGAUGAGCCGCGCCCGGGAGCGCUGCACCGCAGUCUGCUGAGGAGGAGGAGGAGGAUGUCCCCCCAUUGUCUCCAUGUGGUUGUUGCCAUUUCUGUGCCUGUGAAUUUCUGUUUGGAGGGAAGAACUUUUUCACUGUUGAGGUUUUUUUAAUCUGCACCCGAUUAUUUAAGGCCCUUUCUGGUUUUUUUUGUGAAACAAUCUGGCGGUGGUGCUGCAGCCACGCCGUGUUCAGUUGUACACUUUCAAUCAAUACUUUUUUCAAACUAAAAGACCAGAAAAUACA